AUGCACUCCAUGGACGCCGAUGAUAUUGCCCCCGAAUCUCUUUUUCGGCCUGCAAAACGGCGGAAGUUUGUACGGCGGUGCCCAGACGAUAGCCUCGAAGACACUACGACUACGGCCAGUGACCGGGUCGUCGACAAUAACGAAACCGGUGGUCGCACUCCUGGAUUCCAGUCUGCUCCAGACGGUGACGAAGAUGCAGAGCCGACUGCCGUCGUCCGCCUUCGGCGACCGCUUACUACUCGGAAAGGUGGCAUUGGAUUCUCCGCCACGUCGCGAUCGGGCAACGGCGAAAGUCGGCACACAGCGCUAGGACCAGCGAGAGAUCUUGAUAAAGAGACGGUUCAAGAUAUGUGUGACCGAUUCACGGGACGUGCUGGCCAGACGGUGGAUGUGGACAGACACAUGAUGGCUUAUAUAGAUUCCGAGAUGGCUAAGCGUUACCGACGCAGCCCACUUCCAGAGAACGAAAACGUCGAUCGACCGACAUCGCAAGAACCCACCGGGGGUCAAACAAUACCUGGGCAGCCCGAGCGCGAGCCGGCAUCGCUAGGCCGACUACACGAGAUUGAUCUCGGUCAGGAGACCAAGUUACGAAACAUUGCGCGCACAGAGGCAGCCACUCGACAAUUGGUAGGGGACGAAGAAUCGCCAACUCCCGGAGAACCCGCUCCGCAGGAUCGCGCCGGUCCAAGUGAACCGUGGCGUAAUCGCAAAAGACGGACCAGUGCCGACAUCGAACGAGACCGGCUGGUCGAGGAAGUAUUGCGUGAAAGCAAACUGGAUGUCUAUGAUGAACCAGAGGACGAACUCCCGCAUAAUGACCAAGCUGCAGAUGAUCGAAUCGCGGAGCAGUUCCGGCGAGACUUCAUGGAUGCGAUCCAGGACCGUCGCAAGGCUCCAAAGACACGCACUACCAAGACGGACAGCACCGAGUUACCCAAAGGACCCAAGCUGGGAGGCAGCCGGAGUGCGAGAGCUGCGAUGCGAGAGAUGCAGAGCAAGCCCGGGCAGAAAUAA